GUACAGGCAGUUUAUAUCAAUUAAAAUUCCGUUUCUGUAACGUUUCCCAGAUGAUUACCUUUAAGCUUCUGAGGCCGGAAAAGACCUGGAAGACAAGAACAUUAAUGAAUGACAAUGAACAUUAAUUAGCAGAAGCAGCAGAACGUGGUGCUUUCUGCCGGCAGGGGGAGGUAUUUCUCGGUCCUAGUUCUCAGUCCCACAGCAGAGUAAGAAGACUGCAGCUGAGCCCUGUCUCUUCCAGCAUCAUCACAUUUUCCACCAUCAUUCUUCCUCCUCCUGCCGACACAAACGCACCCUAAACUGGACUCUGUUCACUUCCGUUUAACGACUGUCACCGGGAUGUCUGACAAAAGUGAACUGAAAGCUGAGCUGGAGAGGAAGAAACAAAGGAUCGCCCAGAUUCGAGAGGAGAAGAAAAGAAAAGAAGAAGAAAAGAAGAAAAAGGAUGGUGAUUUAAGGCGUGGAGCUGAGGCAGGAAGUGGAGGUGCUGUCGGCCAUGAAGACUCCGACCUGGAGAGGAAAAGGAGGGAGGCAGAGGCUCUCCUGCAGAGUGUUGGCAUCACUCCUGACAUACCUCAUGCUCAGCCCCUCAGGGUAGUAACAGAGGAUACGUGUCUGUUUCACUACCUAGUCCCCGCUCCCAUGUCUCCCUCCAACAAGUCAGUGGGCAGUGACGCAGGAAGCCAAGAUUCUGGGGAUGGAAACGCAGGACCAAGGACAUUGCACUGGGAUCCUGACCCCUCUACUCUGCAACUGCACUCCGACUCUGAGCUGAUGGGACGUGGAGCAGUGAGGCUGGGCAUGUCCAAAAUGACCCAGGUGGACUUUGUACCAAAAGAAAUGGUGUCUUACUGCAAAGAGACCCAGACACCCACAGAAUCAAUCACACAUGAGCAAAAAGCGGAUGAGGAGGAGGAUGAGGAGAUAACUGCUCCUCAACCAGUGAGUGACACUCAGGAGGAGAUGGAUGACAAGGGUGAACAGCAGGAGGAGGAGUCUCCCAAGGAGUUGACAGAAGAGGAGAAGCUGCAGAUCAUGCACUCCGAGGAGUUUUUGUCAUUUUUUGAACGUGGCAGUAAGUAUGUGGAGAGAGCGCUGUCUGAGCAGGUGGACGUCUGCUUCGACUACAGUGGCAGAGAUCUGGAGGACAAGGACAGUGACCUGCAGGCGGGUGCCAAGUUGGUUCUGCACAGACAGUUUGCAGAUGAACGUUGGACUAAAAACAGAGUGGUCACCUGUCUGGACUGGUCUCCUCAGUACCCAGAGCUGCUUGUGGCCUCUUAUAACAACAACGAUGAAGCUCCCUAUGAACCUGAUGGAGUGGCUCUGGUCUGGAACAUGAAGUACAAGAAGAACACACCUGAGUACAUCUUCCACUGUCAGUCGGAGGUGAUGUCUGCUGGCUUUGCAAAGUUUCAUCCCAACCUGGUGGUGGGUGGGACAUACUCUGGACAGAUUGUCUUGUGGGACAACAGGAGCAACAAACGCACUCCUGUUCAGAGGACUCCUCUGUCUGCAGCAGCACACACACACCCUGUCUACUGUGUGAAUGUGGUGGGAACCCAAAAUGCUAACAAUCUGAUCAGCAUCUCCACUGAUGGUAAGAUGUGCUCCUGGAGCCUGGACAUGCUCUCACAGCCACAGGACAGUCUGGAGCUGGUGUUUAAACAGAGCAAAGCUGUAGCUGUCACCUCCAUGGCCUUCCCUCUGGGAGAUGUCAACAAUUUUAUCGUGGGCAGCGAAGACGGUUCUGUCUACAGCGCCUGUCGACAUGGAAGUAAGGCAGGUAUCACUGACGUGUUUGAAGGCCACCAUGGUCCAGUGACUGGACUGAGCUGUCACAGCGCUGGUGGACCAGUGGACUUCUCCCAUCUUUUCAUCUCCUCCUCCUUCGAUUGGACCAUCAAACUUUGGAGUACUAAGAGUAAUCGUCCCCUCUACUCAUUCGAUGACAGCAGUGACUACGUCUAUGAUACCAUGUGGUCUCCCACACACCCUGCUCUGUUCGCUUGUGUGGACCUGAGUGGACGUCUGGACCUGUGGAACCUUAACAAUGACACUGAAGUUCCCACUGCCAGUGUGUGUGUGGAAGGGUCUCCAGCACUGAACAGAGUGAGAUGGGCUCACACUGGCAAAGAGAUCGCUACUGGAGACUCAGAAGGACAGGUCCAGGUCUAUGAUGUAGGAGAGCAAAUUUGUGUCCCCAAGGCCGACGAGUGGACGCGUUUUGUCAGGACGCUGGCGGAGAUCAACGAGAACAGGGACGAAGCCGAGGAGCUGGCCAUUGUGUGAUGUCACAGACCUUCACUCUGACUAUGGCUCGUUUACUUCUACACUACACGUGACCUGAGACGGGCUGAGGUGACCACCUCUGUUCCCUCUGGCUUUUAGCUUUUUCCAUGUACAUCAGUAAAAGAUCUGGCCCAAGGAGAUGCGCAGAACUAGAAUGGAUAGAACAGAAGGGUCUUUGGACAAUUGUAAAUGUGUUUUAAAUGUCUCCAGGAAAACAUUUGAUAGAAAUAGUCAAUGUCAUUUGUAAAAGUCAUCUUAAGUUGGGAAGUGAUCAUCAUUGGUCCACGGCUCAGUUUAUUUUACUAUAUGCAAACCUUUGUACCUGCACCUUUUUAUUACCAUUGGAGUGUUUUUAAUAUUUUCUUCACACACUUGUGCACAUGGCUGGGGCAGCAUUUGAAUCAUAUCGACUGAAGCAGACAUAACAACAGCCCUGGCCUGUGCACGAGUGUGUUGCCUGCUUUUUAACCACUAUAUUUAAUAUUUAUUCUAAUUCUGGCACUUAUUUAAAUGUUUUGUUUAUCGUUAAAAACAAAUGCCGUUUUGUACUAAAAGCUUGACUAGUAGAUUCCUAACAUUGACACACGUUUUAUAUCAGGCAAAGUGUGUGAAUGUACUGACACUAGUCCAGUUAAAAAUAUAUAUGUUUAACUGAACAUAAGGUUGUUUUACAGUCUUUCCCUGUCCAAGAUGAUAUCCUGUUCUUCAGAGGAUUUAAAUAAGACUUAAUUAAGUCCGAAGUAACCUUUUGGGACGAGGAGGAAAUUUUGGUUUUAUCUAGAUUUCUUUUUAAAAACCAUGUAUUUUACUCAUGAUGAAACAUUUCAUUCUCAGUGUUGUUGAAAUUUGCAUAAUUACUAAAACUGAUUAUAAAAGCACUGUAAUAAAAUGAAUACAACACUUGUCAGUAUUGCUUAAGAGAAUAUAUGUACUGCAAUUUCUUUUACCAUUAAAAGUAAGCCAUGGUUACACUUUUCCAUUGGAAUAAAACUCCCAAGACUGGUUGGUAAAAUUAAACCCAUAUGGAUGAUUUAUUUCAAUAAAAUACAAUGACUGAAUUGAAAUACAUUUAAUUUAUUAAUACCUAAUUCUCUUCUCUGGUUUCAUUAAAGAAAACACUAAAAGUUUCUUUUGUACAUCAGUAAGAGUGAUUCUCAGAAACCAGGACCAAAGGCCCAUCACUGGCCAUAACAACACUACAGUUACACUUGGCGUGGUUUCGUAACAUUUUUAUCACCGCAGUUAUACUAUAUGUACAGUAGGGGGCCCAUCUGAGGACCGAACCCACUCCAACACCGUGCUAGAUAUUGACAUUUCAUUCCCCUUGUCCAACGCAACAAGUCCUGCUCAAAUUGAGUGUAAGACAAAAAAAAAAAAA